GUAUUUGUUUAGCAUGUGUGGUUUCAUUCGAGCCAUGUGCACGGAUAAUUGAGAAUAUAUUGAGAUUUAAGGUGUAUUUUUAUUCACUCAGUAGUGAACAGUCGAUGAAGCUCCGUUCUUUCCAAACUCUUGACCGCAAAAAGGAAACACGGCCCUACAUUAACGUUACCGUCUUGCAUGCAGUCAGUUUAUUUAUAUUACGGUAUACUUUAUAUAAAUAAGAGUUCGGACGUAAAUGCACUACUGAGGUGCACAGAACUCUUCAACAGUAGAUAAUAGAAUUUGCGUUACAGUGUUGCAAUCCGAGGCUGCGUCUCAACCUAGUGAGCUGCCUAUCUAGGGAAUCGCACGCAUUCGCAUCAGGUCUCAUAGCAAAUGGUUUAAACGAUGCUAAUGCUGUCUAGGUGGGUAGCUCACUAUGUUUUGAGACACGGCCGGCGUUGCAAUCCCAAAUGUCGCAGAUAUGAGAGGUCAUGUGUGAAGAGUUUAUCGUGUUUAUAAAUGAUAAAGAUGCACAUUGCAUGCAGAAGUGCACAGGGGCGUAUAGCUAAACCAGUUUAAGAAGAUUCCCUGUCUGUUUUGGCACGAAAGAAAGGAGCAUCUGGCUGUCACACUUGAUUUUAUUGGAAUUUCUGUGGUAGAUUUGGAACAUACUUGUUCUUGUUUAGGCUUGUAAAAUAUGAAGUCAAAUCAGAUUUAUACCUAUUAUUCAGCCUGUCUCUUGAGUAUUGGAGACUGACCGUUUUUAUAAUCCAUGGUCAUUGCACGGUCAAAGUUUUUUUUUUUUUAGAAGCAUUUUAAGGGAAUAAGUAAGAUUAAUAAAGAUGAAAAAAAGAUAAUAUUCUAAAAUGCAUCCACAAAGGUCAAGUGCAUCUAGACAUUUGAGAAUACCAGAGAAUAAAUGGGUAAAAGUGCCUGGUUUGUUGUAUUGUGAAUUCUCACGUUUAUGUGUUGAGAAAUCCUCUGGAUUAAAGUAAAAAAUGAAACGUUUGUCCGGAAAAAAAGAUUCAAGUUCCAUCACUGCACAGCAGAAUUUGUUGCAUAAAAGCAGAUCAAAUCAGGUCUCUCCUAAAUUGCACAAUGAGGACAUUUUAUUCAAUGACUGUAUGCAAUGUGCUUUACUGUGCCCACAGUCAUAAAAAACCUGAAGACGGUUUUUUAUGUUUAAUUUGUGUUUUCCAGCCAUUAAAGAGCUGACCUGGAAAUAUUGAAAUUAAUACAACUAGCAUAUAGUUAGCUCUAAAAUGAAUGGGCUUAUACAUUGUUUUCUGCUCGACACUUAAAGGGACAGUUCACUCAAAAAUGAAAAAUUUGUCAUGAAUUACUCACUUUCUAGUUGUUCCAAACCUGUACGCAUUUUUUUUGUUCGGUUGAACACGGAGAAAGAUUUGGACUAAUGCUUGUAAUCAAACAGUUUGGGCCCCGCUGACUACCAUAGUAGGAAAAAUGACAAUUGUAGUCAAACGUGCCCCAGAAUCAUUUGCUGUCCUACAUUCUUCAAAAUAUCUUCUUUAACAAAAAAAAUAAAGUAAUUUUUCCUACUAUGGUAGUCAAUGGGGUCCAAGAAUUGUUUGGUUACACAAGCAUUCUCCAAAUCAGGACAAAGAAAUUUAUACAGAUUUGGAACAACUCGAAGGCGAGUAAAUGAUGACAGAAUCUUUAUUUUUGGGCGAACUGUCCCUUUAAAUAUUUCAUCAAGCGUCUGGAUUGGAAAACCUAUUAGUGAUCGCUAUAAGAAGCCUGGUUUUGUAUUGAGUGUUGAGGUUAAAUGUGCCAUUGUGUCCGUGUAUUUGACUCAUGUGGGUACAGUACAGUAUUGUUGACUGUAGGUGUGGUGCAUCACCCUUCUUGCUCAUCGGACAAAACGGCAGGCGGUGCAUUUACACCUAAGCACGGAGGGAUAGUUUAUAUUCCGUAAUAUUUUCAUCUUUAUUUACCUGCAUUUGGCAAAACAGCUACACGAAUUCAAAAUUUGCUCAGAAGUUUCCUCAUCAGAGACGGGCUGAAUUAUAGACUGCGUGCGCAUUGUAUGCAUGCUUUCGUGGGUGUGACUUCAAGCAUUUAUGCGUUGUGUACAGGCACACCCAUCACACGUUGAGUUGUUUCUGCAGGAUUAGAAGUCUCUUUUCUUUGGGCUUGCGUUUUACAGCGUGAUCAACAAACUACCAUGGAUUUUUCCCGCCUGCACACGUAUACUCCUCCACACUGUACCCCGGAUAACACAGGCUAUACAUAUUCCCUCAGCAAGCGUUUUGGUGACCGUCCUUACUCCAUCUCGCAGGUUUAACAGGGCCGGGUGGCUCUAGGCAGCUCCAGUUACUCCACCGCCGCUCUUGAGUUCGAGAAGGAGCACAAGAUCAAUCCCGUGUACGACUCGCCCAGAAUGUCACGCCGGAGUUUGAGACUGCAAACCAGCGCCGGUUUUUACGGUGACGGCAGUUUCGCUGAGCUCACGCAGAAUCACAACAACAGCUCCUACAAGCGCACCUCCACCAGCAGCGUGAGCAGGUCUGUGCGGAGCAGAAGGCAACAGCAGGAAUCGUCCAUGUACGAGUCCCACAGUGUGAAUCAGACUCCUCAGAAAGAUCAGACCGACCUGAGCAUCAUCAGUACCGCCAGCGAUGCAUCUCUGAUCUCCAGUCUGCUGGAUGAGUCGGCCCUCAGGCAGAGCUCCACUACACACGCAUGCUCCGCACGGAGGCGGAGGACGACCGAUCACAGCUCGCUGUUAGAGAAUGGAGACGCUAGUAGAACAGAAACGCGUGCUAAAAUGGCCAACGGCUACAUCUGUAAAGACUGUUGCUUCCACGCAGACCUAAAGACGGAUGAAGAGACGGCGUGUUCUUUAGCGUACUCCUCAUCAGUGUCUUCGGCCGCCCAUCAGACCGUGAACAGUGUAGACAAGACAGUUCAUGACAGUUACUGUGGCAGUGUAAAUGUGGGCGAUCUGGUGAACGCUGACAGACGGCUCAAUCUCAAUGGCUCGCUUUGUGAUGAUUGUAAAGGAAAGCAGCGUGUGGAAGUCCACAUGGAACGCAAACGCACGUCCUAUACACGAAGCGUAUUCGCUGCGCUGUGGGCCCUUGUUACUUACACAGGUUCUGGUCUGCUGGGGGUUUGCAGUGGUUUGGGUUCAGCCGCUGCGUUUGUGGCUCGUAAGAUGAAGUCCGUUCUGUGGUUGGCAGUGUUGUCUCCAGCAUCGUCCUCCUCCGUGUCCACAGCCGUCCAUCAGACUACCGCAGACGCCCAUAUGAACGUUAUAGACAAGACAGGUGAUGCUUAUGAAGAAGCGCAGCAACAUUAUUUCUACGCCCGUCACAUUCGCGCUGCGCUGUGGGCUCUUGUUUCAUACACAGGUUCUGGUCUGCUGAGGGUUUGCAGUGGUUUGGCUUCAGCCGCUGCGUUUGUGGCUCGUACGAUGAAGUCCGUUCUGUGGUUGGCAGUGUUGUCUCCAGGGAAAGCAGCGAGCGGUCUCUUCUGGUGGUUGGGCACAGGGUGGUACCAGCUGGUAACUCUAAUGUCUUUUAUGAACGUCUUUAUUCUCACCAGGUGUCUACCCAAACUACUAAAGCUUCUUCUGUUCCUGCUUCCCUUCCUGCUACUGUUUGGAUUGUGGUAUCUCGGUCCGGCCAGUUUCCUGACCUGCCUUCCUGCUGUAAACCUCACAGAGUGGAAGACUCUGGUGCCCUCUUUCGCAUCACUUCCUGCCCUCCCGUCUCUCCCCUCAUUACCCUCUUUACCUGCACUUCCUGCUUUCACAUCGAAGGCGCUGGUGGAGGAACAUCACGUGCCACCCGAAGUCACCUCACGGCCUGUGUCAGACUCCAUUACCAGCAAGCGUUUGGUUCUACUGGAGCAGCGUGUGGUGGCACUGUGGGAGAACAUCCAGCAGGGGGAGCUGAAGGCUCAGCAGCAGCAUCAGGAGACUGUUGGUUUGGUUCAGGCGUUACAUGAACAGAUAAACACACAGACAGACAGAGAUCAUCUCAGACUGUGGGUCUCACAGCUGUUUGAACCCAAAUUCACUGAGAUCAAGGGAGAGAUGGACAGAGAUGCUUCCAGCAGAGCACAGACUGAGGAGCAGCAUGUUCAGCAUCAGACAAAUCUAGAGGCUCGACUGGCGGAGCUCGAACUCCUCCUCCAGAACCUGAACACCAGAACUACGGAAAUCCAUGUUAAACACGAGUCUCCAGCACCGGCUCCCGUCAGUGUCGGUGUAUCUCAGGAGAAGCAUGAUGCUCUGCUCCUGGAGGUUCAGAGGCUGGAAGCAGAACUCGGGCGCAUCAGAGGAGACCUGCAAGGGGUUAUGGGAUGUCAAGGGAAAUGUGAUCGGCUGGAUACCAUACACGAAACGGUGUCUGCGCAGGUGAGAGAGCAGCUGUACGCUCUGCUCUACGGUCAUAACAGAGGAGAAGUGGAAAUCCCCGAACCUCUCCUGCCGUGGCUGGCUUCGCAAUACAUGCGCUCGUCCGACCUCACCGCGACGCUAACCAUGCUGGAGCGCAGCAUUCUGGGAAAUGUGUCCCUACAGCUUCAAGAGAUCAAACCGCAGCAGUCCACAGAGGAAACGGUCACUCAAACCAUCGUCCAGACCGCCAGGGCUGCUGGGAUAUCAGAAGAGCAAGUCCAGCUGAUCGUCCAGCGUGCUUUGAAGUUAUACUCCGAGGACCGCACGGGACAGGUGGACUACGCUCUUGAGUCUGGAGGUGGCAGUAUCCUCAGCACACGCUGUUCAGAAACAUACGAGACAAAAACUGCUCUCAUGAGCCUCUUUGGACUUCCGCUUUGGUACUUCUCUCAGUCUCCACGUGUUGUCAUUCAGCCGGACAUGUACCCAGGCAACUGCUGGGCAUUUAAAGGCUCUCAUGGUUACCUGGUGAUCAGGCUGUCUUUGAAAGUGCUCCCUACAUCCUUCUGUCUGGAACACAUCCCCAAAUCUCUCUCUCCGUCCGGCAACAUCAGCAGCGCACCGCGACGAUUCACCGUCUAUGGUUUGGAUGAUGAGUACCAGGAAGAGGCCAAACUGUUAGGUGACUACACUUACCAGGACGAUGGAGAUUCCCUACAAAUCUUCCCUGUUAUGGAAAACAAUGACAAGGCUUUUCAGAUCAUUGAGAUGCGAGUGCUGUCAAACUGGGGUCACCCGGAGUACACCUGCCUGUACCGCUUCAGAGUUCACGGCCGCCCGCACGCUCAAUAAUCCCACCCCGCUGUACAUUACUCGAUCCCUUUAUGUACAUAGACACACGCUUGGACUGUGAAGCAGCACGAAAGAGACUGACGUUUUUAAGACUUUAAUACGAAUGAUGGAGUUACAAACGGAGCGCAGCAGGAAUUGAAGAUAAGGAUUUUCACAAAUGCACUCAUUUCCCCGUUCUUGCACUGAUCUGUCAAGUAGAUACGUUUGCUCCCGCUCUCAUAGGCUCUCACCCGUAGAUGUAUUUGUGCCUUCAGACGAACAUGCUUCUCAUUCUGUGUAUAUUUUGUUUUCAGAGACGUUGAAUUCUCACGUAAGUCUCUAAGCUGAAGUUUAAGCUCGUCCACUCAUCACUGCCGCUUUGAUUAGUCUGCAAGGACACUGAUCCGCUAUGGGACGGGCUGUUGUUCCUUUUAACCACUAAAUCUCAUGAAACGUGUCAACAUCAGCUCACGCUUUAGUUCAAAACUGAAAUGGAAUUGUGUAAGGAAGAGUACGUUUUUAUUAAACCGUGUGGAUAAUACUGUAUAACAGUAAAGAUAUUGACACAUUCUCCUUGGAGCAUAAUGCAAAUUGCAAAAACGAAGUCUUUUUUUCAUGGAAAUGAGUUCAAAAUUGGACCCAGACCUGUUUUCAUGAGAUCACCCAAACAAGCACUAGAUUUUUUUCACAUUGUAGAAACUCUUAACAACCAUAAAUUGUUCAAGACACCGAUUUGUGCAUACAGAUGGUGUCUGGAUGUAAAAGAAAGUUUAAGCAAAACUGGAGCCGUCAAUAGUCAUAUCACAGUCAUGAUAACCUGCAGGAAUGUAACUUAUUGUAACAAGUCUUUUUUAAUCGACUUCUAUCAGUGUUGAUUUUGCAUAAAGGGGUGCGCCCCACCCCGUCAAUAUUAUUUUGUUCUUUUUAAUAGUGUCUGUGUUCGACAUUUUAGUUUCGGUAGAGGAUGCACUGUUAUGUCUUCAUAAAGAAAAAGUUUGUCGCACGAGUCCUAUGUAAUUCAUUGGGUAUGUUAAAGAGUCAAAGGUUCAUUUAUGGAACCGCUUUUAGUCAGUGCUCUCGAUCGGAAGGCGGCCGUUUGUAAAAUACUUUUCAUUUUGUUCAUGACUAUUUAUUUUGCAGAGAUUUCGUUCAGAAAUAGGACUUUGUGCUGCCUGUGUGUUUUUGUAAAAUGCUUUUCGAUGCAUAUUGGUCUGUUUAUAUUUUUAGUUCUGUUUUUCGGCUGCAGUACUCUUCGUUGUAUCAGUAAAGAAUUUUAAUUUUAAGGACAUUUCCAUGAUUUCUUAUUGAAGCUUUAAUUAAAGACUCAAGUACAGUAAAUGAGUGAUUAAAAACGUAAAAUUCUGUCCACAUGAAAACC